AUGCUUGCUACAAGAAAAGUCUUACCCCACCCAAACGACCCAAAAAGCUACAUCCUCUCCCUUCUCCCCACCACCCCUCCCACACCCACCCUCUCCAUCGGCACCACCACCGCCCUACCCCCAACUCCCCAGUCCUUCACCACCAACCCCCACUUUCUUUCCAUCCUGAACUCCGUCCUCGCCGAACAUGCCUACUCCGAUCCCGGUCUUCAAUCACAAGCCCAAGCCUUCGCUUCCCCAGCCGGUUUCUCCUUCCUUCCUCGUCCUGGCUCAAGAAAGGUAGGCAAAAAGGGCAGUGACACGGGUGCCGGCGGUGCGUCAGCGGAGGGAGGCGCGGGAGGCGCGGGUAGGGGAGGGUGGGUGCACUUGAGUGAUGAGAGGACGCCAGUGGAUUUUGGAAGGAUUGCGUGGCCAGAGGAUAUCUUUGGGAGCGUGGAGGUGGAUGGGCAGGGCAAGAUCAUCGAGGGGACGUUUCAGGGGAGUGGGACUUAUCGGGUUGUUACGAAUCAGGGCAUCUUGGGACUUAGUCCGUUUUUGAUGGAGAAGUUGGUUGCGAGGUUCAAGGAGGAGGAGGCGAAAGAGAAGCAGAAAGCUUGAGGAGAUGUUUGGGGUACGAAGGAUGUGGGUGGUGAGGGUGGAUGUACAAUAGGUGAGCGGUCCGUUUGAUGUGUCGCUACACUUCACUCUGAUGACCAAAAUAAAAGGAACACGUACGUCUUGGGG